AUGGCUUCCUCUGCAAUCAGUACUAUGCACUCUCCUCAGUUUGUUCGCCUUCCUAUCCCCUUCCCGCAAUCUUCUUCACCUUCUAUUCGAUUUUCACUGCCAAAUCUCAAACGCCCCAAAUCACUCUCCAUUCGAUCAGUUUCGAUUCCCGCUGCAACAGCUUCUGGGUCUCUGGCCCCUGCAGUUUCUCUUACAGAUAAUGCACUGAAGCACUUGAAUAAGAUGAGAUCUGAACGAAAUGAAAAUUUAUGUUUAAGAAUAGGUGUUAAACAAGGUGGGUGCUCUGGUAUGUCAUACACAAUGGAUUUUGAAGACAGAGCUAACAAAAGGCCAGAUGACUCCAUCAUUGAGUAUGAAGGUUUUGAAAUUGUCUGUGAUCCUAAAAGCCUACUCUUCAUAUUUGGCAUGCAAUUAGAUUACAGUGAUGCUCUGAUUGGGGGAGGUUUCUCUUUCAAGAAUCCUAACGCGACACAGACUUGUGGAUGUGGUAAAUCCUUUGCAGCCGAAAUGUAA